UUACCCUACUGGAUGACCACACGAACGUAUAUGCCGCCUAAUGAUGGCUGGUCAUCCUUCAUAUUCCAUCAUCUUUUCCGCCGAGCUAGCCCACCGUCAUGGAAUCAUCUUUACUUCCUCCGACUCUAUCGGACGUUCAAAGAGACCUGGAAAGCAGUUGAACAAUACGUAGGGCCAUUCGAUCGCCGGUUCCGUCAUGCAAUUGGAGAUUAUAUCAUGGUUGCUUUCAACAGUAGUCAGAGAAACGAGGUCGGCACCUAUGAUCACAAGAAGUCUUGGUACCAAGGAAAACCAAUAUUCUUCAAGAUUCAGUUUUGGGCGCCGUACUUUUCGCCACCAGAGGACAAUAUACAAAUUCCAUGGCGAUCGAUUUGUGACUAUGGCGUCCGGCACCCAGAUAUCGCGCCGGAUACUACGUCAAAGGCCAUGACCGUGGAAUUCUUCCACUACCUGGAAAGCCCGUUCUGCGGACUAUGGUGGAAAAUCAUGUACAAGACGGACCAAUUGCUCGAUGACAAACCUACAAACCGCAACUUGAUCUGCUCCAAUAUCCUCAAGUACGUUUUGAUACUUGCGGGCCCACGAUGGCACGCAGACAGUGGGUUGCCCUACGUGUUACCUUGGCACCUCCCACGAUGGGACGAAAGGGAGGGUGGGAAAGAGGAUUUUUUCCUUCUUCCCAUCUCAGCUGGCACUGUCUCGAAGGAGUACGAAGAGACCAAGCACUCGCGACCGACGAUAUUACUACCUACCCGAAAAAACAUAAUGUGGCUCCUUGAUAUCAUUGAGUCCUUUCCCGAUCUCCCUGAAGAUAUUCUGGAACAAAUUGAAUGGAUCGGCAAGGCCCUUCAUAACGACGGGUACCAAUUUGACCUCCAUACCCACCUCUAUGCUAAGACUGUGGCUACAGUCCAAGACGAUCAAGUCAAUCCACUUCUUCGACGUUUUCUAUCGCAGACAGACCCCCCACAAAAAGUAGCCCAAAGUGGCGAAUUCGUUCACGAUGCGGAUGAGGGGCGAGACGAGGACGUCCUGAUAGUACCUGACGAUGGUUGUGAUGAAUCCUCUGACGAGUCCGAUUGA